CUUUUCUUUUGUGCGGUGAUACCUUAGGUGGGUCCGUCAAUCUGAAGCAAUAAUUACUUACAAUGGAGGUUAUGCAAAUACAGAGCUCACUCUCUAAUGGAUUGGCAACUAAUAUGUGUGAAGGGAAGGCAAAGAAGAAAAUGACUGGAUCCUUUGCUACUCAACCUUUAGUUGAAAGCAAUUCUCUAACUCUAACAUCUAAGAGUGGAAUAAAUGCUGCCAAUGUCAUAAGACAUUCUCAUCUGUCAAAUGAGUGUUUGAAUUCGAAGCUGUUCUUUUCAACUGAGACUGCCUGCAGAAAGCGUGUUUUGCAUGUGAUCAAUUGUCACUCUUCAUCAAGUUAUGGCAUAGACGCACAUGAUGCAGAGGACAGAUUCACUCCAAAGAAAAGCCAUCUUCUUGGAAUUUUGAUUAAAUACAUUACUGAGUUACUAGGUGGUGGACCAGGUCCUGGAAGUGUCAAAGUUGAGGUCUUAAUGCUUGCUUUACCAGCAAUUGCUGGACAAGUGGUUGAGCCCUUGGCACAACUGAUGGAGACAGCUUAUAUUGGUAGAUUAGGUCCUGUGGAGUUAGCUUCAGCUGGUGUUUCAGUGUCAAUCUUCAACAUUAUAUCAAAGCUAUUCAAUAUUCCUCUCUUGAGCAUCACAACAUCCUUUGUGGCUGAAGAUCUUUCAAGAAAUGCCAGCAGAGAAUCCAUCACAGAUAGGGGUUUUCUUGAAGAGAACAAUGAGAGAAAAUCACAUUUUGAUGAUAUAAUGGAAAGAAAGCAACUACCCUCUGUUUCUACUGCCUUACUUUUAGCAUCUGGAAUCGGUAUCAUUGAAGCUUUAGCUAUGUACUUCAGAGCUGGAAUGUUUAUCAACAUGAUGGGCAUAUCAUCAGCUUCACCUAUGUUCAGUCCAGCACAACAAUUUCUAUCAUUGAGAGCUCUUGGUGCUCCUGCGGUUGUAGUUUCUCUGGCCACACAAGGCAUCUUCCGUGGUUUUAAGGAUACAAAAACACCUUUGUUUUGUGUAGGAGUGGGUAAUCUUUCAUCCAUAUUUUUACUUCCUGUACUAGUGUAUUUCUUUCGCUUGGGUAUCACCGGUGCUGCCAUUGCAACUGUGUCAUCUCAGUAUAUUAUGACAUUUUUGCUCAUUUGGUUUCUUAAAAAGAAGGCAGUAUUAUUGCCUCCCAAGAUGGAAAAUUUGCAGUUUGCUGGCUAUAUAAGAUCUGGUGGUUUUCUUCUUGGGAGAACCCUAUCAGUGCUAAUUACCAUGACGCUGGGCACAUCAAUGGCUGCUCGUCAAGGGCCGUUGGCUAUGGCAGCUCAUCAGAUAUGCUUGCAAGUGUGGUUGGCUGUAUCUCUCCUUUCAGAUGCUUUAGCUUUGUCCAGCCAGGCUCUAAUAUCAAGUUCCUAUUCAAAGGGUGACUUCAAAAGAGUGAAAGAAAUUACCUUUUUCGUACUAAAGACAGGACUCUUCACUGGUGUUUGCCUAGCUAUAAUACUUAGCGCAUGGUUUGGCUCUUUUGCUGAAUUAUUCACCAAGGACAUGGAUGUGCUACAAAUUGUUAAAUCAGGAGUGCUGUUCGUGAGUGCCAGCCAGCCCAUCAAUGCUCUGGCUUUUGUUUUUGAUGGUCUACAUUAUGGUGUUUCAGAUUUCUCAUAUUCAGCUUUCUCCAUGAUGCUGGUUGGAGCAGUAUCUUCUGCAUUUUUGUUUUUUGUUCCUUCAGUUUUUGGUCUUAAAGGAGUUUGGGCAGGUUUGGCUCUUUUCAUGAGCUUGCGAAUGGCUGCAGGUAUUAUGAGAUUAGCAUCAAAAACCGGUCCCUGGUGGUUCUUGCAUGACUCGCAGAAAACUCAGGAAGCCUAGAUUUCAGCAUCUGUUCUCUUCCCGGUCUUCCAUUUUUGUUCAUCUGGUGUGGCAUAAUGAUCAAAAUUUAUAAGAAUAGACUGCCUUGAGUCCAUGUUGAGUCUGAAGUUGCCAUCUUCCACUGUAUUUAUCCAUUUCAGUCAUAUUGUUACUGAAGCUUAGCCACUGUAAUUUA